CCUUCUAUGGCCUUCCCAUUUUAUUGCUGUAUAUAUAUUCACAUUGAACCUUCCUCCCUUUCUUCGUUUCUCCCCCCAAAAUUUCUCUUUAUUAGAUUAUCCCAAGAUUAGGUCAAGAAUUCAUUCUUCAUCAUCAUCAGGAAUUUCAAUUUAUUUUUUUAGCAUCCCAUCGGGUCUGCCUUCGAUUGUAGAGUAAUUCUAUCAGAAGAACGAAGGAAGGAAAAAAAAAAAGGAGAAACUUUUAAAUUGUUGUACACCAAUUCUUUCUGCAAUGCCGUCGUUUGUUUCAACAUCAAAGGCCAUUAGGCGUUUAGUUGCACAUCGGAACGUGUUCAAACAAAGGGCGGGUAUUGAUAAUAAUGUUAACGUUCGAUGCUUGAGUGGAAUUGCUGGCGUUCCUUCAAUUUCUCCUGGUUGUGAUGCUGGUAGCAAGGUGAUUAAGCCCUCGUCGUCGUCAUUGGGGGAAGUUUAUAGAAUUGGGCCUUUAAUUCAAAGCAGAGGAUUUUUGGGAUGCGGUGAUGGGGAAGAGGGGAAUAUGUUAGCCAAAGUACACGAGGAGAGGCGCGUUAUGGGAUACUCUCCAGAGCAGUUAUAUGCUGUGGUUGCUGCUGUUGAUUUGUAUGAGGAUUUCCUUCCCUGGUGUCAAAGAUCAGAGAUCCUAAAACGCCAUCCAGAUGGAUCUUUUGAUGCUGAGCUAGAAAUUGGCUUCAAAUUUCUCGUUGAAAGUUAUGUGUCUCAUGUGGAACUAAACAAACCAAAAUAUAUCAAGACAACUGCUACUGACACUGGCCUUUUUGAUCAUUUGAUUAACAUCUGGGAGUUCAACCCUGGACCAAGUCCAGGAACUUGUAACCUUCACUUUCUGGUAGAUUUUAAGUUUCAAUCUCCGUUAUAUCGACAGGUAGCAAACAUGUUCUUUAAGGAGGUGGUCUCUAGACUAGUUGGUUCAUUCAAUGAUCGUUGCCGUUUGAUAUAUGGACCAGGGGUUCCUAUUCAUGAGAAUACAUAUCAACAGAGGUUAUGAAGAUUGGUGUUUGGUUGUGAUGAGAUGAAACCAUGAGGGGCCAAUUCAAUUUUCCGAGUACCAGUUGGUCCAACUACAUUAAUUCUUGAGUUAAUUCAAAACGUGAAAAGGAGCUGAUUCAGCCUCCCUGGUAUCUCCAAUUUCUUAAAGUUACUGGAUUCUUUCUUCUCUUUUUUUUUUUUUUGGGGGGGGGGGGUUACCUUGGGGCCAAAGUGUAACAUUUCAGGUUAUGCCAUUUCUUUGUUAAGUCCACAUCAUAUAGGCUUAACCAAUACAUUUGAAUCACUUUAUAAAGCAGUUUGACUAAUAUUUAGAAGCUUCUGUACAAGGAUACAUGGUAUAGGAAUGCCAUUAAUCGAUGUAAUAUGCACCAAUGAUACUUCUAUUAUUGAAUUUAAUCAUUGGGCCUAGUUGGUCUUCAUAGAAAAAGAGUAAGAAUCGCUGGGCCUAGCUGGUAAACUUACAACACUCGUUCAUUCCAGUUGGGUAAGCGCUCUUCUUGUAUUUACCCCCAGCUGGGAUAUGUGUACGUCUCCAGAGAAUAAUUUUUUAGAGAUUUAUGAAUGAAGCAGGUUAGUACUGUUUGACU